CCAAAAUCACAAUUCAAUCACUCGCCUUCAUAUCGACCCAAAUCAGCAUUUCUUCCAGACAAGAUGUCAUCAUUCUAUCUUGCCCGUAAAUCCGACCGGUCCGUCAACUCCGAAACAACAUCAUCAUCACCUUGGACCUAUUCUUCGAGUUCCAGUUGUUCUUGGCUAUCUCCUCCAUGGUCAAGAUCGACAACAGCUGGAGAUUCAUUAAGAUCAUCACCGAGCUCUUCAUCUUCGUCUUCUACCACUAGUGCAUCAAAUCUCCAUCCCCAGACUACGGCUACAAUGAUGCGGAAUCCCCGAGUCGAGGCGAGCCCAUUAUCGACUUCUGGCUCGAUGAGCAGUAGCUUUGGUUCUUUCAGCGAGAGAACCCUUUAUCGGUGACCGUCUAGACCUGAAAGAUCGAUCGUUUUCUCGCCUCAGGGUUACUACUAGAGGAAUCUGAAAUGCAGACGGUCCAAGUCCUGUUUGGUGUAUGUGUGAGACGGUUAUGCUAUUAUUGUAUUCAUAGUACACUACCUAGUACUUCAUCACUGUUGUCCCCAAGACAAAACUUAAAGUUCUUUGAUAUAA